AUGGUUAGCGAUCCAGAAUACGGAUUUCAGCCACCAAGUGAGUCUACGCGUGGCCGCCUGAGGUUCGUAGAAGGUAACGUGUUCUAUCCCGUGAGCCAGAACUACACCAUAGUGCGACGCCCAUGGCAAUCCUUCUACAGCUGUAAUGCCUACCCAACCGUCGUGGUGCAAACGAAGAAUGCCAAUGACGUCAUACUCACCCUGGAGUAUGCAGAGGAGAAUAACCUCCGUGUGGCAGUUCGCAACGGAGGACAUUCGUAUGCAGGUAUAAGCCGCUCUUAUGGCUUAGUCCUGGAUGUAUCCCUAAUGAACAACAUUAGUGUCACACCUCAACAAGCCGACAACCUAGCACUACUGCCUCUAGUGAAAGUCGGUGCGGGUCAGACGAUAUUCGGUGGGUACUACGAACUGGCAAAACACAACUUAACUCUUACAGGGGGAAGCUGUCCGAGUGUAGGAAUCAGUGGUCUUACUCUCGGUGGCGGCGUUGGCGUCCUGUCCAGGAAAUGGGGCCUUAUGUCCGACCAAGUGUACUCCAUUGACGCUGUGGUGUAUGAAGACCAGUCGUACAAAGCAGUGACCGCUACAGCUGAUAAUCAGUAUAGUGAUUUGUUCUUCGCAUUCCGUGGUGGAAUGGGAGGCAAUUACGGUGUCGUCACCAGCUGGAUGUACCGUGCCCAUCAUAUAACGACCGUCUAUACAUCCACGUUCAGUCUCGAUUUAGUCGCCACUAGAUCAGAUAAUGGAACAAUUCAAACCGACGCUUACAGGUACAUGUAUAUUUGGGACGCAAUCAGCAACUUUACUGCAUGGUGCGAUGAUAUAAGUAAUAACACGAAUUGCGAGAUGGCCAUUUCAACCACACCGUUGCCCAAAGAUGAUCUUGAAAGUCCGAAUCGAGCGGAAGCUCAACUGGCCAAAAGCUUCAAUCUGGAGAGCUCGUGCAUUUGCAACAGAAGCGAUUGUAGCGCAUGCGAAGCUGAAGUAAACGAGCUGGAGCGCGUGCUGAGAACCGUAAAUGCUAGCACACCUUGGAAUUUGUACACCUCGGACAUUAGCCCCGAAGAGGGUGUGCCAUGGCGAGAGUAUAUCUGGACCUUGGCGGGCUGCACCCAGUACUACAACGCUACGCUUUACAAUCCUGGACAGUACCCACCCAUUUCGUUAGCCCAAGCUUGCAUUGAGCACGCCCAGGCUGCGAUCGGCCGAGCUGAGUACAAUCGCAAGAAGAGCCUGUUCCUAAGCAAGAACCCUGACUCCAAUCUGAUCAUGAAGGUACUGGAUUGGUUUGAUUCGUUCUCCGAAAAUAUCAUCGUCGAUACCUACACGGCAGCCAAUGUAGAGUUUUAUUACUGGCGUGGUGCACUUGCUUCCCCGCCUUCGUAUGCUGCUGAUUCUGCAUGGCGCCAUCGCGAUGAAAAAUGGUUGGCCCACAUCACGGGUCGCUUUCCUCAAGACGCCACGCCGGAGACAAUUGCGAAUGUCUACUAUGCGUUGGGAACGCUUCAUAGCAUCUUCCUCAACGCUGAGAAGAGCAACACGACUCGCAUUCAGGACUAUCAGAAUUUCGCGGAUGGGUCUCUCAGCUACGAAGGUUGGAGCCACUUCUAUUUCGACCAACCUACGAUUGAACGCCUAUCGAAGAUCAAUUACAAGUACAAUCCCAACGAUAUCUUUCGCAAUGAGUUGUCUGUUCCAUUGGUCAGGCCUUGCGCAUCAAGCUCUUCUAGACUGAUGUCAGCCAUGUUUAUCGUAAUGGUUUGUAUCCUAGCAUCCAGUACUUGA